CCUUCAUUUAGGUUGUUUUUCUCAAUCCACGUUUCGUUUACGGGAGGGAGCACCGAACUGAAAAUUUUGAAUUUUCCUAAGUGAAAAUGGCACCGAACGCAGCUAAAGCCGUACCACAAUCGCGUUAUGAACCUGAAGUUGGUAUCAAUGCCAUUUUAUUGGGUCCCCCCGGUUCCGGCAAAGGAACUCAAGCUCCUUUGCUGAAGGAGAAGUACUGCGUUUGCCAUCUGUCCACUGGCGAUAUGUUGCGUGCUGAAAUUGGUUCAGGUUCCCAAUUGGGUGCUACCUUAAAAAAGGUUAUGGACGAAGGCAAACUGGUCUCCGAUGAGUUGGUCGUGGAUAUGAUUGAUAAGAACCUGGAUAAACCAGAAUGUAAAAAUGGUUUUCUUUUGGAUGGUUUCCCACGCACAGUUGUACAAGCUCAGAAGUUGGAUGAUUUGUUGGCCAAGAGAAAAAGCGAAUUGGAUGCUGUUAUAGAGUUUGCCAUUGAUGAUAGUUUGUUGGUGAGGCGUAUUACCGGUCGUUUGAUACAUGUCAGCAGUGGUCGUUCCUAUCAUGAAGAAUUUGCUCCACCCAAAGUGCCAAUGAAGGAUGAUAUCACCGGCGAACCUUUGAUACGACGCAGCGAUGACAAUGCUGAAGCUUUGAAAAAACGUUUGGAGGCCUAUCACAAACAAACCAAACCUUUGGUUGACUAUUAUGCUCUGCGUGGUUUGCAUUUUGCCGUUGAUGCUGCCAAAAAAUCCAGUGAUGUCUUCGCCAACAUUGAUUCCAUCUUCAUUCGUCAACGCAAACAAAAAAUGCAAUCUUGAUUGGGGGCCUUUCUGAGUAGAUUAUUUAAUAGCACUUUUACUUGAUUUGAAACCGUUUGAUUAUCAUAACUAUAAUUUUUAUUUUUUCCCUUUUUUUUGACUGCCAGAAACUUUAAGUGAAAAAAAGUAAACAAAGUUUAUAAAUCUUAUUUUAUUAUGUAUAUUAAAGUUUAUUUUUUGUUCUUCAAUCAAAAUCCCACAUAUAGUAUGAAAAACAUUCUACUAUUCCAGCAAAUAUAUAUACAUAUAUAAAUAUAGAGCAAAUGUACCAUUUUGUGUAUGUUAUAUAGCUAUAAGAUGAACAAAUCUUCAUAUAAUACUAAUAAAGAUUGUAAAUGUGUAACAAAUGAUAACGGAAAAAACUAAAAAAUUUACAUAUAAACCAACACAAAUACCUUCUUAAGAGUUACUCAAAAGAAAAAAUUUAAAAAAUUUUAAAAGAAUAUGAAAAAAAUUGCAGCACUUUAGAAAAAAGAAAACAAAAUAAUAUCAAACAUAUCUUAAAUGCCAUCAGAUUAAGAGAGCAACCAACCAACCACUUGAGAUUUUAUCUGCAUUUAUAUUUUUGAGAUCUUUGACUAUCAUAUAUCGCAAGAAAAUUUUGUUAUCUGAAAAAUUUGUAUAGCAAUUAAACACAAUUUUAAGUAAAGGAGUACAUUUUCUAGUCUUUUUUCUUCCUAAACAUCCUCAAAUAGCUAAUUUUUUUUUUAAUUUUCCCUUUAAACGAUUGGCAUUACAUUCCAUCCAUCCAUCCUAGGGAGCUACGUUGAAAAACAGACAAAUACUCCAAAAUUUUAAACAAAUCACAUUUUUAACAAUAUAUUCUUGUAAUGAAAUGUUUAUGAACACAAAUUGAGAAAUUUAAUGCAGCAGAAAAAAAUCUAAUACCAUAUAAAAAAAAUAAUUUCGUGACUUGAGGCCAGAUAUCAGAUAUCUCUCCAUUGAUUUUCUUUCCACCAUCGUAUGCCAAUGAUGAUUAUGAUCAAUGAGAAUUGUACCUUAAGCAAUGAGAAAUUUAAACAAUAAAUAUAAAUAAUCAAUAUACAUACUAUGUCAA